AUGUCAAAGGUGAUGCGAAGUGUCAAGAACGUGACCAAGGGUUACUCCAGUGUCCAGGUCAAAGUGCGCGAAGCAACAAGCAACGAUCCAUGGGGUCCUACCGGCACUCAAAUGAGCGAGAUUGCUCAAUUGACCUACAACUCGUCAACCGAGUUCUACGACAUUGUGGAUAUGCUCGAUAAGCGUCUCAAUGACAAGGGCAAGAACUGGCGACACGUUUUGAAGGCUCUCAAGGUUCUCGACUAUUGUUUGCACGAGGGUUCCGAGCUUGUCGUGACCUGGGCUCGCAAGAAUGUCUACAUAAUCAAGACACUGCGCGAGUUUCAGUACGUCGACGAGGAUGGCCGAGAUGUUGGACAAAAUGUGCGUGUUGCCGCAAAGGAGCUGACUGCUCUGCUACUCGACGAGGAGCGACUGCGUACCGAAAGGAGCGACCGGAAGACGUGGAAGUCCCGGGUUACAGGCAUUGAGGAGUUUGCACCAGAAGGCACCGUUCCGUCGCCGUCUCAGCGGCGCCCGCGUAGACGAGCAAGCGACGAGGAUGACGCAGAGUACAGAUUGGCACUCGAGGCUAGCAAAUUCCAAGAAGAGGAGGACCGAAGGAAACGGGAGAGUCGCAGAGGCGGCGAGGAUAACGACGACGACCUCGCAAAAGCAAUCAAAUUGAGCAGAGAAGAGGAUGAACGAAGGAAGCGCGAGCUUGAAGAGAGCAACGCUCAGUCUCUAUUUGAUGACGACCCCUUCCCAACUACGAGCCAGCAACCGCAGGCAACCGGCUUCAAUAUGGGCUACCAGCAGGGCAAUAAUGUUGACUGGUUUGGUAACCCAACCGCCGCUCAGAGCCCCAUGGUUGUCCAACCGACUGGCUACAACUUUAACAACGGCCAGAAUCAGCAAUACACUGGCUUCCAGAAUACUGGAUAUCAAAAUGGCUUUGGUGCUCAGCCAACCGGCUUUUUAGAUCCUUACAGCCAGCAGCAACAGCAGCAACAGCAACAACCUCAAAUGUUUGCUCCCCAGCCUACUGGCUUCAACAAUCCUUAUGCGCAGCAACAGCAGUUCCAACAGCAGCCUCCUGCCUCUCCCGAGCCUGCUCCCCAGUCCGGCAGUAACAACCCCUUUGGCCGGGCUCAGAGUGCAUCGCCAUCUCCGAUGAAACCAAUGCCGACGGGAUCCAACAAUCCCUUUGCUUCCGGCUUCAGCAAGCCACAACAACCGCAGAGGGCUCCCACCAUGCCAUCCCUCAACCAACUCCAAGCGAUUCCCGAGCCAAAGUCUUUGCAGACAUUUACGCCGCCUCCUCAGCCGACCUUUCAACCCCCGCAACAGACGGCACAGCCGCAAAGAGAGCUUACAGAACACGAGGCCAGGCUCAACCAACUCCUGGCUGGUGGAGAUGGAAUGGAUACCUUUGGCAACACUGGCAAUCUCCGUAUCCCGGCACAGCACACUGCACCGGGCACCUUUGUCAACUCGGCCGGCUCAGGCCUCAACAAGCUGAGUGCAGAAGCCACUGGCAACAACCCCUUCUUGCGCCAGCAAUUCACUGGCAUGCCCCAGGCUACCUAUCAGCCAAACCCACAGCAGAUGCCUGCAGCAACUGGUCCGGCCAAUAUGGGUAUGAAUGGUUAUGGCGGACAGCAACAGGGCAACCCGUUUGCCAGGACCCAGCAGGGUGGCAACCAGGGCCAAGACCUCAUUCAGUUUUAA